AUGUGCAAGCCAAUUCUGACUGCAGCCUCUUCCUCCAGGCUGGUGUGUUACUAUGACAGCUUGGCUGAAGAUAGAGCGGAGGACGGGAAGUUCAGGAUUUCAAACAUUAAUCCGAACCAGUGUACCCAUCUGAUUUUCGCCUUUUCUGACAUUAGCAGUGUGAAUGCUCUGGUCCCCAGCAGAGACACUGACAAACAGCUCUAUCAGUCCUUUAAUGGACUCAAAACCAGAUUCAGUACGAUGGUGUCAACACAAUCAAGAAGAGCAAUGUUCAUCCAGUCUGCUAUCAAACUACUGAGAACAUAUGGUUUUGAUGGGCUCAACCUGGACUGGAGGUUUCCCGCAGCAGCAGGAAGCCAAUCAGACAACAAGCAGAAAUUUACACUGUUGUGCCAGGAGCUCAAAGCUGCCUUUGUGGCUGAAGGAACUGAAACAAACCGUGACAGAUUAAUCCUCACUGCUAGUGUCUCUGCUGAGAAGGCGGUCAUCGAUGCCAGUUAUGAAGUCGCACAGAUUGCCGGGAACCUGGAUUUCAUUAAUGUGCUGACAUUUGACUUUCGCGGCCCCUGGGAAAAUGUAACAGGACAUCACAGCCCCUUACACCGGGGAUCCAAAGAUACUGGAGACAAAAUCAACUCUAAUACUGAGGAUGGCAUGCAGUACUGGAGGGACCAAGGAGCACCAGCACAAUUGCUAAACUUGGGACUGGCAACGUAUGGACGAGCUUUUACCCUAUCUUCUCCAUCCACUGAUGUUGGAGCACCAGCCAACGGCACUGGUGAAGAAGGUUGCUACACUGGUGAAGAUGGAUUCUGGGCCUAUUAUGAGACUUGUCUUUAUAUUGAAGGGGCUCUAAUCCAGCUGAUUACUGAUCAGAAAGUUCCAUACGCCCUCACAGAAAAUCAGUGGGUUGGAUUUGAUAACAAAGAAAGCUUUGAAACAAAGGUCAGCUACCUGAAAACAAACAACUUUGGAGGAGCUUUUGUCUGGUCUCUGGACCUGGAUGACUUUACUGGAAAAUUCUGUAAUGAUAGCAAAUAUCCUCUCAUCAGCCAUGUGCAUGAUCUCCUUGUUCCAGGUGACAAAAAUGCAAUAAGUGUCCGCUGUAUCCUGUGAUGA